GAAUCUACACUUUCAAUUAAUGAUACAUUGAUAACUAUUUUGAAGGGAAAAGAAACUAAUCUAUCUUUGCAAAUGAUCCCAACAAAAGGUGCAUUCGUUUAGGGUUUCUCAAUGAGCCGUGUGGUUGUGACUGCGCAAGACAUUCGUUUAGGGUUCCCGGAGCAAUGGAGGGUGUGAGGGCGGAGGUGGGAAGUUUGGAAUCGUCGCUUCUACAGAUCGUCCAGGAACAUCAACGAAGGUCAAUUUGCAUCAGAGAGAAAACAGAUAAAGCUAAGAAGGAUGCUUUACAAACUGCUAUACGAGUUUCUGAGCUUCUGGUUGAGACUGUUAAUGGACAAGUUGAAGCCACAUUUAUAAAUGAGAAACGGAUUGAACUUGAAAUUCAUGCUUUAGUUAGUACGAUUAUGCGUUAUAAAAAGCAAACAGACCAAUGGCUUGCAGCUUCCCAUGCAUUGAACACUGUUAUAAAGGUGCUCUAUCCUCACUGAAUUACAAAGAAAUUGGUGAUUUUGAGAACUGGAUGAAGAUCAUGGAUUUCGACUGUAAAACCGUAAAUGCAGCUAUCCGAAAUAUCCACCAGAUAUGAGCCAAGUGCCCCUACAACCGUCCUCAAUUAGGGACCAUGUCAACAUUGAGGUUCCAAAACUCUACUAAUGUACAUUUCCUUAGACAAGAUCUUUCAGUUCUAAGCUGUAAACAAUUUGUGUUAUCUCCACUGUUAUUAUUUAACAUUGCAAUUGUUAAUCCCAAGUUUGUCAGAAAA